CUUCUUCUUAUAUUUAUUUAUUUAUUCAAUAUAUAUAAGUCAUAGGUUUGGCCUACCCUAACCAAGAAACAUGUCACAAAUUUUGUCAUAGGUUUUGCCAACAGAUUUUUAUAUAGAAAUCCUCUCCUCUCCUCUCCUUUUGGAACAAAUCAAGUUCUUAUUUUGGUUUUGCACUUUUGUUCUUCCUGUUACAAAUAUGGCCAUUCAAGCGCAGUUAUAUUCAGAAAAUCUUGGGUUUCCUUUGGUAAGUUCACAGGAUUUAAUGGAGAAUAAUGUUUGCGGAUUUAGCCACUUUUACUUUAAUCCUCAACAUCAACAACAACAACAACAGCAAUUUCUACAAAUUGAACAGCAGCAGCAGCAGUUUCAAAUUCUGAACCAGAAAUAUAAUCAGAAUUUGAUGAACUUUUACAAUUCUAACCAAACAGUGGUGAGCCUAGCCUGCCAAUUAGAGAAACAGAGGCUUGAGAUUGAUCAGUUCAUCAAUUUACAGAACGAGAGACUGAGAUUAGCUUUACAGGAACAAAGAAAGCAACAACUAACAUUAAUAUUGAGAAACUACGAAACAAAGGCUCAGUUUUUACUAAAACAAAAGGACGAAGAAAUAGCAAAGGCAAUGAACAAGUCAAAGGACCUACAAGAUUUCUUAAAAAGAAUAGAAAUGGAGAAUCAAACAUGGCAAAGAAUAGCCAAAGAAAACGAAGCCAUUGUCCUAUCUUUAAACAACACAAUUGAACAACUAAGAGAAAGUGCACGUAUUCUAUCAACCAAUGGAGGUGUAGGAGAUGCAGAGUCUUGUUGUGAUGUACGACCAAUGGAGCAUAACGUACAAGAGUCACAGCAACUCAGUCUUGAGACAGGAAAUGAGGAACAACAAACGAGGAAAAUGAUGUGCAAAAGCUGCAAUUGUAGGAAAUCGUGUAUUGUUUUCUUGCCUUGUAGGCAUCUUUCUUCUUGCAAAAAUUGUGACCCUUUUCUACAUUCAUGUCCUGUCUGUAGAAUUGAGAAGAAAGCAAGUAUUGAAGCUUUGAUUUGAUCUUC